GCAGGCACUGCAGCUUGCACUAGCGGAGUGGAGAAGGUUCUUUGGCAGCGGUGGAUGGAUACGCAGGGUGGCAUCUCGGCCGCCUGGUGUUCCUGCUACAAUGGCGAUGUGUGGGACACACGUCCGAAGUUGCAUUACGUUGACAUCUAUUUGUGCUAAACAACUCAGAUACGGGAUAUGCAAUUCAUCGCCGGCUCCUGUCCUUGCUGUAUCAACACUGAGGAUAUACUCCACGUCUCAUGUCAAAUAUGGAGUUCUUCAGAGGGCCAAUGAUAGGUUUGAGCGCUUUUUGGAGCGCCGAUUCCCCUCCAUCUACGUAUAUUAUCGCACAUUCAUGAAGGGUUUUAAGGCACUUGUGGAGGACAUGUCGGAAGCAAGGAAAAUAAAAGUAAAGAUGGACAACGAUGGAAUUGCUUACAAAGAACUCCCCUACCGAGAAAUGGAGAGACUCCGCUUGGUGCGUAAGGACAUCAUUAAGGCCAUUCCCCUCUUCAUCAUCUCGCUGCCUCCCUUUGCUAUCUGCUUUGUCUUCCUACUCAUGUACCUUUUCCCGCGGCAGUUGCUGUUCCACCACUUCUGGACUCUCCAGCAGCAGUGGGACUUCAAGAAGCUGUACCAUCGGCACCGGGCGCGGCACCACGACGCCAUCCUAGCCGGGGUAGAGAGCACGGCGCCCCAUCUGAAAUCCUGGAUGCUACGCUACCACCUACAGUCCCUCUGUAACAAGGUGCAGAGUGGGGUGCAGCCCAGUGUGUCCGACCUCCUGCUGGUCCAGCGCCUCUUCAGUGGACCCCCCCUCGGCCUCCUCCACAUGACCAACAGACACAUGAGGCACCUGUCUGGCCAGAUGCUGUUGACCUCGUGGCUGCCUGCCUUCAUGGCUCGCGGUCGUCUAGGAGACAAAGCUCUGGAGAUCCUGCACCUGGACAGAGCCCUCACACACUUCGGGGUCGACCAGCUCACAGACGACGAAGUUUACGAGGCGUGCUACGUGCGGGGUCUGGAGACCAGUAGUCUGGGCGUGGGCCUGUGUCGAGAGUGGCUUCACCAGUGGCUUCAGCUGUCGUCCCAUGUCACAGAGUCAGAGACGUCUCUCCUGUUGCAUAGCAUGGUACUGCUGUCGGUGAACUACCCUUCUCCAUUGAAGUGAGGUGAGGUGGGGGAGAGCAGAGCAGAGCAGCGGGAGGGGAGAGUGGCUUUCCUUGUCGGCCCCUGCACCGCCGUCGUCCGCCAUCUUGCUACAAGAGGAACAGGCCAGCGUGGGGCACCGUCUGACCAGACCGCACAUCGCCACGCUGCAUUUUCCACGCGCACGGAGCCACCACCGCCCCCCAUCGAGGCCCACAAGAGGAGAGUAGAGGCUUCCUCCUCACCCGCUCUCAUGAUCAGCCAAAUAUUCCAGUCUUGACUGCAAUCAAGUCAUCACUCAUUUUCAUGCUUAUAUACGCACACACUCUCUCUUUCUCUCUCUCUCUCUCUCUCUCUCUCUCUUUCUCUCUCUCUCUCUCUCUCUCUCUCUUUCUCUCUCACUCUCUCACUCUCUCUCUAUCUCUCUAUCUCUCUCUCUCUCUCUCUCUGUCUCUCUCACAAUCAACCUGAACCCCCCCCCCCCCUUCCUUGUGUUUGCUGUACCCAACCUUAAACCCACGCCUCUCUAUACCAAGGUAACUCAAUCUUAAACCCACGCCUCUCCAUACCAAGGUCUCUUAAUGUAGUCCCAGUGUCCUGAAGACUUAGUGCUGGUGGAUUGCUGUUGAUGGCACUUACCAGUGGUAUAAUGUGAAGUGACUUGAAUGAAUGAAUGGGGAAUUGCUACGAUUUCUCCGCUGAUGAGAAAGGAAUGGCUCGCUUACCUUGACCUCCGUCGUCGAAUCGUCUCGACCGGAACAAAAGCGAAUCUCGCAUGAGCAUGAAGGUGUAUUUCUGGGAUCAUCUGCUAUCAUCUGUUAUUUCCGGAAUCAUCACUCUACUACUACAUCUUCUCAAACGCCUGGCUCUUCUGGCUCCGACUUGGUCUGAAUUAGGUACAACUGCGCAGCCCUGAUCCUGCUAGCUAGCUAGUCGGCGUCACCAAAGCCAGAAGCCUUCUUCCUCUUGUGCCAUGCUGUUGCUGACAGACUGUGUAUGUGUAUCGCGUGUGAUGCUGGGAUCUGUUUCCAAACGUCUGUUUCAAAUGUUCAAAUGAACUUCAUUGAAUUCACCUUGUUGCUUACCAUAAUAGAUGUCUGUUAGUGAAUGAGUCCUGUUAGUGAACUGCAGCCCUUAACCUCACUGUCUCAAUUUUCUCAGGUUUAUUGUCUUUUUUUUGGUAUGUAUUUAAUAAUUAUUUAAGUUCUAUUUUAUACAUAUCCAUUUCUUUCUAUAUUCAAGUUGUUGUGUAGUGGUCAUUGUGUCGCCUUUUUUUUUUUGCAAUGCAAGAUGUUUACCAUUUACUGUGUAUGUCCAAAAAUGAAAACGAUUGAGAGUUUUGACAAAAUAAGAUUAAAAAAAAGACAAGAAAAGCACUGAGGUUGUUCCCCCUGAAACUUAAAGCAAGGGUCAAGGCACUGAGGGUGGAGUUGGUAUUUGGUUGAGCUCAGUGUGAUUUCUUCUGGUCGUGAAAGAGUUAAUUUAAUUUCCUCAUGGGGUUGUUUAACCACAAAAGGGAAGUAUUGAGUCUUACUCUGCAACUGACCUCGUCACGAUACAGGGGGGGCACAGUUCGCAACAUGUACUGGAACACCACUGCACCAUUAAAUGUCUGAAUGUUGGAAAAUAAAUCAAAUCUGAGUGAAA